GACGCGGAGCAGCCCAUCGAAACUACAGUGUUUUAUUCUAAUUCCCGCUUUUAUUCUGAAGUUAUUGGGCGGAAGUUGAUCUUCCGACCUUUCACCGGUGUCUCUUUUUCUUCUUCGGCUGGAUUGAUGUCUGACAUCUGGAGGUCAGAGUUUGUCUGCAGGACGCUAUGAUGUCCCACGUCAGGAGCACGUUGUCUCUGGGAAGAAACCGCUCCGCCUCCUUCGCCACAUUCAGCGGCGAGACAGCGCUGGUGCUGCUGUCCCAGUCCAACGACGUGUUCCAGAACCUGGCUCUGGAGGACUGGAUCGAGGCUAACGUGGACCUGCGGCGCCGCGGCGUCCUGCUGCUGUGGAGGAACCGGCCGGCUGUGGUCAUUGGGCGCCACCAGAACCCGUGGGCUGAGUGUCACCUGCCAGCCAUGAGGGCAGCGGACGUGCCCUUGGCCCGGCGGCGGAGCGGCGGCGGUACCGUGUUCCACGACCUCGGGAACCUCAACCUGACCUUCUUCUCCUCCAAGACGGCAUACGACCGGAGGAGGAACCUGAAGGUCGUCACGGAGGCGCUGAGGCGGCUCCGGCCCGCGUUGGACGUCCGGGCCACUGACCGGUUCGACAUUCUACUCAACGGACACUUCAAGAUCUCAGGAAGUGCCGCCCGACUGAGCAGGAAGUCGUCGUACCACCACUGCACCCUGCUGCACUCUGCCGACCGCUCCGCCCUCGCCGAAAUGCUCCGUCCCUCUUGUCCCGGUAUCCAUAGCAACGCCACGCCCAGCGUGCCGUCGCCCGUCACCAACCUGCUGGACCACGCCCCCACACUACAGUGGGAGGAGCUGCUGGACGCCCUGGUGCACCAGUACAACGCAGAGUUCAGCUCCUCCUCCUCAUCCUCCUCCAUCACCGUGGACCCUGCGGACGAGGCAGCGUUCCCCGGCGUCGGUGCGUCGGCAGAGGAGCUGCACGGUUGGGAUUGGACGUUCGGCCGGACGCCGAAGUUCCGCGUGGAGACCGUCCUGCAGCUGACAGAUGAGCGCGUGGCGGCUCGCUGCUCUGCCCGGCUGCAGGUAGAGGUGAAGGGCGGCGUGGUGGAGAGCUGCCGGCUGGAUGUCCCCGACGACUGGCUGCCCGCGGCUGAGCGGCGAAGUGAGCGGCGUGCUGGUCGGCGGGAGGUUCUGCCGCCACCGGGCGCUGCCGCCAUCACCGAGCUGACGAGGUCAGAGAGUGGCGAACUGAGGAGCCGACUGAAGGACCUUGGGGACGCCGUACUGACGGUCAUGGGGUGAAAUGUAUUGAUCUGCUGGAGGAGGAGGAGGAGGAGGAGGAGGAGGAGCUAAUCAGCUCCAUCACCUUGUCAUUGUCUUUUUCAUCUUCCUCCUCCUCCUCUUCUUCCUCCUUCUCAAACGAGACGAUUACUUGAUCACAGAAAGCCGAUCAAUGUGCUGCUAGAGGCCCACGGAAAAAACAUUAUUCAAUAAAUGAAAAGAGUACAAUUAAUGUUGAUAAUAAAUGGAUUUUUACAGGUGUUUUUUUCCAUUUCAGCUGCUUAAAAGUUUGUGAAUUUCAUGGUUUUUCAUAUUUAAUAUAUUUUUAACAGUUUGUUAUUAUAAUGAAAAAAAUAAUGUAUUAGUACCGGAAGUGUUAUUUAGAACAUUAAAUAUCAGGUAAACAGAUACUUGUUUAAAUUGUGAAAUAUUCUAUGGACAUAAAUGUGGCCUUGAUUUCAACAAGAACCAUUUGGUCGAGUUUACUAUUAUAAUUUAUUCAGACAGUGAAUAAACGAACAGUUUAUUUGAUUAGAUCAGUAGAUUUCA